AAUAGGGCUGAAGGAGGAAAAUACCCGGUCGGUUGGCCAAAUACCCGACCGGGUAUUAACCACUUUUGGGCGCCCGAGAAGCAGAGAGGGGCCCGGGCACAGCAGUUAAAUCCCCGGUCGGGGAUUUUGGUGUUGGACCGGGGAUUUCCCCCUUUAGUGAAACGGUGCGCUGCAGAGAUACCCGGUCGAAACCCAAAAUACCCGACCGGGUAUUUUGACCGGGUAUCGCGACCAGGCAGCUGAUUUAAGGAAGAAGAAGGUCAACAUUGAAGGGUUCCGAGUUUUUGAGAGAGAAACCGAUACCUAGAGAGAGAAAGCGUCGAACCAGAGUUCUCAAGCGCCAUAGAUCGAUCUUCAACACCAUUGGAGCCCGUCUUGAGCUUGGAGAAGUGCGAUUAAACGUCCAGAAGCAGGAAUCCAACUUCACAGUAUGAUUUCCGUGUCUGAAUCUGCUUUUGCUUCUUUCUCUAUGGAGUAGUUUCCCCAUUCAUCUGGGUAUGGGAAACCCUAGUUCUGUAUGUUAGGUUUGAUUGUAUGAACCCAAGUAUUGAUUCUGUGAUUGAUUAUAUUCGAUUGAG